AAGCCCUGGGUAUUCUUCUCCGCCUUUGAGAAAAUAAAAGCUGAAACGCUCGGUUUUGAAAAUGCUGGUUUUAUGACGCCAUAAGAGUGAAGGUUACCUCCCUUUUCUCUGCUUUGCCCGCACAGAUAAUUUGGCCCACCAAUGAAAAAAUGAGCUACGACCGUGCGAGCGCGAUAUUGGUUUUCCUCGAGACAUCAUGGCUUGCAAACGACCGAAGCAUGGCAGUUAGCCCCCCCCCCCCCUCUUUCUUCCUCAUAGAAUUUAAAGCUACAGAAACAGCACGUCCUGAGGAAAGCUCAUUGUGGGACUGCUCGUAGUGGCUGUAAUUCUGCACCAAGGCUGAAUUUCGGGAAAGAAACUUCCGAUACAGUAUUAGGGGACCACUAAGGCCUAUAUAAAAGCAUCCAAAGACAGCAUGUCAUGGGAUCUUUAAGUCAUAGAGGUUAGAACAAUUUUUACACCGGAUUGCCCAAUAUCUUCGUUUGAUCCAACUUUUCAACUGAGGCUGCUAUAGCUUAUCACUAUUCCCUCUUGCAGGGGACAUGAGAAGACAACCGUUUCUUCUGCACUUCACUUUUUGUAUUCUGAAUUGUAAAUGAGCAGCAACAAAUGUAUGCUUUUAAAUCUAUGCAAUCUUCAUAAAUAAUAAGUAUGCAUUUUUAUUAGAGCUGUGAAAAAUAACGCGUUAACACGUUAUGAUUAAAUUACAGGAUUAAUUCGUUAUUUUUGUUUAACGCAUUAACGUAAUAUCCACAAAUCCACCCAAUCUGCACUUGUCGCUGCUCUAAUGCAGUCAGACGGCAGCUGCUAUCCAAACAAACAAACAACAUGGAUAAUUCUGAUGAACCUGAGGACCUUAUGGGAAGUUUGUGUUCCAAAAAACAAAGAUGGAACAUUCAAUAAAACCAAAGUGAUAUGCACACUCUGCGAGAAGACGUUAUUGUUUCACCAAAGCAAUACCAGCCUAAAGUAGCUACCACCUCAACGCGAAGCAUGCGUUGGUCGGCGAGGGGAGUUCAAGUAAUGCGCCACCCUCACUGAACAGCGUAGGGCCCUCACUAAGACUGCCUGUGACAAGUUGACUAGCACAGGUGCCAAAUGGAUUGCAAAAAGCUGUAGACCGAUUAAUAUUGUUGAGGAUGAGGGGUUCACCGAAGUUUUGCGAGUGGCAACGGGGGACUCGAGCAUCAAAGCACCGCAAAGUCAAAGACUCACACUAAUGACAACAAUUUUGAAAAUCGGUAAUAUGUGAUUAAUCAUGAUUAAUCCACAGAAACCUAUGAUUAAUUUGAUUAACAUUUUUUAUCAUUUCACAGCCCUAAUUUUAUAUAAAAUAUACAGAAAUAUCAGUUGUAAAAGUUACAGUUAAUACACGGACCCAUCUGAACACCCUACAAUUUCCCCAGAAAUUGUACCCUCUCUAGUUAUCAAAGCAAACCUCACCCUACCACCUUAACUAACACAUUUUCUGCGGGAAACCCUGAUGAACCUUUUAUUCAAAAAUUAUGGAAACCAUCAUCAUAAAGAAGUCAAGUUUUUUAAAGAUAUAAUUCGCCUUUUAUGGCUUUAUUUGGACAGAGACAGGAAAAAUAUAGGGGAGAGUGAGACAUGCAGAAAUAUCCUGAGCUGGAACCGAACCUGGGCAGCUGGCUGUGGGCCUCAGCCCAUAUGGUACGUGUCCUACCCAGUGAGCUACCGGGGCGCCCCACACAGAAGAAAUUUAGGGAGUUUGGUGUGGAAGUUGGCAGGGUGGCAUACAAGUUACUUUAUAGAAUUUAAACUGUCACUUCCAGUUCAGCAACCCUCAUUGAUUGACUUAACUAAACUUACUGUGAAUGCAGACUGAUUUCGUAUCGUCAAACAGCUACGCCGUAACAGUACAGUUAAGUGACUAAACGAUUUCUUGUUCCGUUGUCCUGUCACAUUAAGAAGGAGAAGCCCUUGGGCGACUGGUAUAAGGGCGAGCCAAUGGACACAUCGUCCUCGUCGGGGACGGCCAGCGAGGAAGAGGAGUGGUUGGGGUCUUCAGGCACGCACAGCUCCCCCACCAGUGCUCAGAGUAAGAAGAAGAUCUUCAAGCCUGCGGAGCUGCGGCAGGCCCUCAUGCCCACCCUGGAGGCUCUGUACCGCCAGGACCCUGAGUCCCUGCCCUUCAGACAGCCUGUGGACCCCAUGCUGCUGGGCAUCCCGGACUACUUUGACAUUGUGAAGACCCCCAUGGACCUGUCCAGCAUCAAGAGGAAGCUGGACACGGGCCAGUACCAGGAGCCCUGGCAGUACGUGGACGACAUCUGGCUCAUGUUCAACAACGCCUGGCUGUACAACCGCAAGACGUCGCACUUCUACAAAUACUGCUCAAAGCUGGCCGAGGUGUUCGAGCAGGAGAUCGACCCCGUCAUGCAGGGCAUGGGCUACUGCUGCGGGCGGAACUAUGAGUUUUCGCCCCAGACCCUGUGCUGCUAUAGCAAACAGCUCUGCUCCAUCUCCAGGGACGGUACCUACUACAGCUACCAGAACAGGUACCACUUCUGUGAGAAGUGCUUCAACGAGAUCCAGGGAAACAGUGUCACCCUGGGGGACGACCCUGCACAGCCUCAGACGAUGAUUUGUAAAGACCAGUUUGAGAAGAAGAAGAACGACAUGUUGGACCCUGAGCCGUUUGUUGAAUGUAAGGACUGUGGAAGGAAGAUGCACCAGAUCUGCGUGCUGCACAAUGAUGUAAUCUGGCCGUCUGGCUUCAUCUGUGACAACUGUCUGAAGAAGUCGGACAAGAUGAGAAAGGAGAACAAGUUUGCAGCCAAGAGGUUGCAGACCACACGGCUGGGUAUGUACAUCGAGGACCGGGUGAACAAGUACCUGAAGAGGCAGAACCACCCGGAGGCGGGGGAGGUGUUCGUGCGGGUGGUGGCCAGCUCCGACAAGACGGUGGAGGUGAAGCCGGGCAUGAGGACCAGGUUUGUGGACUCUGGGGAGAUGAUGGAGAGCUUCCCCUACAGAACCAAAGCACUUUUUGCCUUUGAGGAGAUCGACGGCGUGGACGUGUGUUUCUUCGGCAUGCACGUCCAGGAGUAUGGCUCUGAGUGCUCCUUCCCCAACACCAGGCGGGUGUACAUAUCGUACCUGGACAGUAUCCACUUCUUUAAGCCCCGCGGGUUGAGGACGGCCGUCUACCACGAGAUCCUGAUUGGCUACCUGGAGUAUGUCAAGAAACUGGGGUACGUGACGGGUCACAUCUGGGCGUGUCCCCCCAGCGAGGGUGACGACUACAUCUUCCACUGUCACCCCAUGGACCAGAAGAUCCCAAAGUCCAAACGACUGCAGAAGUGGUGCAAGAAGAUGCUGGACAAGGCCUUAGCUGAGAGGAUCCUGCACGACUACAAGGACAUCUUCAAACAGGCGACGGACGACUGCAUCACCAGUGCCAACGAGCUGCCGUACUUCGAGGGCGACUUCUGGCCCAACGUGCUGGAGGAGAGCAUCAAGGAGCUGGAGCAGGAGGAGGAGGAGCGCAAGAAGGAGGAGCACACAGCCUCCUGUGACACCCCUGAGGGAACCCAGGGCGACACCAAGAACGCCAAGAAGAAGAACAACAAGAAGACCAAUAAGAACAAGAGCAGCGUGAGCCGGGCCAGUAAGAAGAAGCCGGGGAUGCCCAACGUGGCCAAUGACCUCUCCCAGAAGCUGUACGCCACCCUGGAGAAGCACAAGGAGGUGUUCUUCGUCAUCCACCUGCACGCGGGCCCCAGCGUCAACACCCUGCCCCCCAUCAUGGACCCCGACCCCCUGCUGACCUGCGACCUGAUGGACGGCCGCGACGCCUUCCUGACGCUGGCGCGGGACAAGCACUGGGAGUUCAGCUCGCUGCGGCGCUGCAAGUGGAGCUCCAUGUGCAUGCUGGUGGAGCUGCACAACCAGGGCCAGGACCGCUUCGUCUACACCUGCAACGAGUGCAAGCACCACGUGGAGACACGCUGGCACUGCACCGUCUGCGAGGACUUUGACCUCUGCAUCAUCUGCUACAACGCCAAGGGCCACGAGCACCAGAUGGUGAAGUGGGGCCUGGGCCUGGACGACGACAGCAACAGCCAGGGCGGCGAGGCGUCCGAGUCCCCCGAGGAGAGCCGGCGCCUCAGCAUCCAGCGCUACAUCCAGUGCCUGGUCCACGCCUGCCAGUGCCGCAACGCCAACUGCUCGCUGCUGUCCUGCCAGAAGAUGAAGCGCGUGGUGCUGCACACCAAGGGCUGCAAGCGCAAGACCAACGGUGGCUGCCCCGUGUGCAAGCAGCUGAUCGCCCUGUGCUGCUACCACGCCAAGCACUGCCAGGAGAACAAGUGCCCUGUGCCCUUCUGCCUCAACAUCAAGCACAAGCUGAGGCAGCAGCAGCUGCAGCACCGCCUCCAGCAGGCCCAGAUGCUGAGGAGGAGGAUGGCCAGCAUGCAGGGGGUAGGCCAGCCCCCCCCAGGACCAGGGGGGGACGGGGGACUAAGCCUGGGCUCCCUCGGAAUCGUACCUGGGGGCCAGCCCAGCACCCCCAACUUGAACCCCCCCAGCCAGAUUGACCCCAGUUCCAUCGAGCGGGCCUAUGCAGCCCUGGGCCUCACCUACCAGUUACUUUUUUAGAACUUCUGUCACUUCCAAUUUAGCAACCCUGAUUUAUUGACUUAACUACACUUACUGUUGAAUGCAGGGAAAUAUGAAGUCAGUGCCAGAGCUCAUCAGUCUGGUGCUAAUCUUAAAUACUAACCUCUAGAAACUGUAGAGACCUUUUUCUCACACUUAAUGCACCAUAUAUCUGUUCUUAUCACAAAUAAAGGUAAUAUCGUCCAACCCUGAUUGUUGGUCCAUCCCUAAUUUAACAAGGCAGUGGUCACUGAGAAUGUCUUAUUUUCUGACUGAUCUAUCCAGUCAGUGAGAACUAGUCCCCUAGUCCAAUCACAUUAACCCCCUUCUCCUCUCCACUUCUCCCCCUCCAUCUCCAGGCCUCCCAGCAGCCCUCAGGCAUCGGAGGCGUGGCCGUAG